UUAGCGUCACUAACUGGAUGACGUAAUCUCCCUGCGACCGCAAUCUGUCAGUACCAUGUGAAUGUCGCCGUAUAGCGUUAGCUAAUGUUUAUAUUUUAAGGUCCGAUGAGAUGUUGGAGCUACCUGCCUUAUAGGGAGACAGUAAUGGCCACCAGAUUAUCGAGCCGCUGGGUCAGGCUUCUGGGGAGCCAGGGUCCCCAGGUCAUCGCCUCGUGUCAGGCUCGCCUAGCUGGCCAUCCCAUCCCUUUUCUUGCUGUGGCCAACGCAGAGCCAUUGUGGGCCCGGGCUUUGAACCUGCACCCCCAGGCUUGGACAUUGUGCGGAAGGCACAGUCUUAGCACCUGGGAAGAAGAGAACCUCAAUGUUCCAAGGAAGACAGAGCUGGACGAGCUGGUGGAGAAGGCUUCCAGCCCUCGGGAAGUCCUGCAGCUCUGGGCCGAGCGAGGUGCCAAUGCCAACGAGACCGCCCUGUGCGUCAUUCAGCUGGCUCGCGUGGUCCUGGAGAAGGGGGACUCCGAGCACUCAGACCUGCUGCAGGACCCACGGCUGCAAACCAUGCUUGAGCAGGUGUCGUCUGAGGUACGCAAGGUGUGGAACGGCUCUCUGGUCAGCCUCCUGCGGGCACUCACCUCACUGGGGGUGGCUUCGGACACGCCUGUGGUGGCCUCCCUCCAGACGGAGGCGCUGUGGCGCGUGCGGCGUUUCAGCUACCGCCAGCUGGUGUACCUGUAUGAGUGGGCGUGCGGCCGGGGAGGCCCGCAGGCAGAGGAGUUGCUGGGUGCUGUUGUUAAGCAGCUGGAGUUGCGCUGGACCGAGUUGGCAGAUGCACGAACUGUGGCUGCUCUGAUGGCCCGGGCAGCCCACCUGCCCCCCUCGCUCCUGGACAGGCUGGAGGACAAGGCGUUGGAGCUGGUGGAGCGGUUCCGGGCGGAGGACAUCCGCAAGGUGGCGGUGGCUCUGGCGUCGCAGGGCCGGCGCUCCGUGCCGCUCUUCAGGGCCCUAUCCUACCACAUCCAGCAGAAGCCCUCGCACGAGCUGAAGGCCUCGCUGCUGCUGGACCUCGUCUUCGCCUACGCCAAAGUGAACUUCCAUCACAGCCAGGUGUUCCAGCGGAUCGCGGGCGACCUUGCACCCCAGGUCCCCCGGUUGAGCCCCGGCGAUGUGACCCGCUGCGCCCGCUCCUUCUCGCACCUCAAGUGGCUCCACCAAUCGCUGUUUGAGGGCUUUGCCGAGCAUUACACUCAGCACUGGCAGAAGUACAGCAACUUACAGCUCUGCAGCCUCCUCCUCUCACUCGCCCAACUCAACUUCCAGCCUAGCAAGAAAGAGCAGUUCUAUGGCCAGGUGCAUACUGCCCUGGAGGGGGCGCUGUCAGAGCUGGAGCCCUUCCUGCUGACUGACCUGGUGUGGUCUCUGUGUGUGCUGCAGCAGGCCCGGCCUGACUGUCUGCAGGCUGUACUAGACCCUGCCUUCCAGCUCAAAUUGGCAGGGGGCGCACCAUCGCGCGUCGCAAGCUACGGCCUCAAGCUCCAACACAUCGCCUCCACUGCCCAGCUCGAGAUCCUCUGCCCCCCGGGGGUUGUCUCAGACCCCAGCCGGGCAUCCCCGCCCUCCGCCCUGGACGGCCAGCCCACCCCCCUACAGAGCAGUCUGCAUGAGGCCCUGCGUGCCUUGGUUGGCGGACUGGAGGGGGGGUACCGAACCGGGGUCAUCACCGUAUUUGGCUGGACCAUAGACGGAGAGUUGGUCGUGGACUCUGACAACAAGCCCAUUAAUUUGCUGGGGCUAAAGGCUUCCCACCUGCCUGGGGGCGGGGGGGUCAGCCCACUGCCUCCGGGGGCCCACAGGAUCGCCUUCCUGGCCUCCGAAUUCUCCCACCACGGCUCCAAGGGCAGGGAGCUGCUGGGCCGUUAUGCCAUGCGACAGCGCCACCUGCAGCUGGCCGGGUUCCUCACAGUGCCGGUCCCGUACUACGAGUGGGCGGAGCUAAAGGACGACCGACAGAGAAUGGCCUACCUGAAGGACAAGAUGGGGAAGGCCGUGGCUGAAGACAUGGCCAAAUAGCGUCCCCACCUGACCAUGAGCCCUGUUAAAAAUAGGAAAAAAAUGACAUAUGGCACCAAUCAAGAACCAGAUCAUCCCAUCUCCGCUCCCCAGUCCUCCUAAUGCCUGCAGCCAUUUUCCUCUGGUUGCCUAGGCAGUGCUUGGGGGUUUCCCUGUUGCCAUGGGGAUAAUCAAGGGGCAUUCCUAAAUGUGUAGGCUGGAAUCUGCUGAGAGCAGGUGGUGUGAUGAGGGGGAAAGAGCUGCACCACAAUACAGGGAUCCUCACAUUCAGAAAGUCCCAUUUGCUCAGAAGAUUCCGGUUGGAGCAGCUCCGCUUUCGAAAGCUGCCUUUUUAUCGUCUCUUCUGCUGUCAGAUUAGUCAAAACGCUGCGUUGUGAUUCACAAUUAAGCGGCAUGGAAACAUAACCCAGCAUGCAAGGGGGUAGCAUCCCUCCCGAGACCCCUCCCCAGUCACCAUGCAUGCUGCUUUCAUCCUGACGGCCCUCUUAAUCAACCUUUUCCCGUUAAUUAAGCCAUAAUGCAGUGACAUGUGUAAAUCACAUUAGAAUGGACAGUGAACAGCAGACGGAUUCGGUGAAAUGUCAUUUUCAUCAUGUGCUCGACAUCCAUCGGAAUCUGAAUUAACGCUUGAACAGUUGAAUUCUACGUUCCCUUGAGUCUGGUUCCCCACUGCAGACCAGGGGUGUUUCUCAACACCAAGAACGCGAAGAUUGCACUUUGAUCUUUGCUAGACCAGUCUUAACUUGCCUUACAAAAACAAACUUGGGCGCAAUGCAUCAUGGGAUUGGUCUCGUUUGGCAGGAAUGCAGCCAACGUGUCCUUGAUAUUUGGGGUGGGUCAAGAAUGACCUUCAGCAAUGGAAGGGUAACGGGGAAGUACGCAUGCUGAGAAACACCCCCGCUGUCCGUGGGGCAUUUGCUGUCUCAGGGGUAAAGUAGAGGUACCAGGCCUAAAGCAGCUUGUUUUGGUGUAACAGAGUGAUGCUUGGCUUUCUGGGCUGACGCUCCUUCCCAAAGUCACACAUCGAGCUGUCUGUCCCUUUCAUGCCCCCAUAGUCCCCCGCAGAACUACAACAGCAGGCCCCAGCCCGAGCAGGAACUGGGUCUUGGCUGCCCUCUUUCCCCUGGGCUUCACUGAUUCGUGGAUCCCCCCCCCCCCAGCGUGUGAACAACAGGACGGUCAUGUACGCCCCUGGUGCGGAGCGGAGAAUGUGGUUUGCUGGACUCUGCUGUUGUUUUUUAUUUUUAUUUUUUGGUGUCAAAGUAAUAAACAUCACGUUUGUUUGAA